GAUUAAACUCAAUAAUGUAUACUGUUCUGUGAAACGCGCAGCUUUCCUUCCAGCUUUCCCAUGCCCUCCGUUCAACUGCCCGAGCCUCGCAAUCAACGGUUACCCCACAUCUCUCCUUCCCACCGUGUUUCCAUUGCUUUCCAGCUGCACUAGCUAGCCACAACACCUUCUUUCACCAUGAUUUCAGAAGAACUUUUGGAGGAGUGCUGGCAGAUCCUCCAGGAUGAAGCUCUGGACGAGGAAGAUCAGGCCGAGAAAGUCGAAGACUUUAUCCGCGAAAAGACCUCGUUAUCUGGCUCAGCUCUCGAAAAUGCCGUGCUGGACGUUCUUUGGCGCCAUCGAAAUCGUACUCUGCCCAACGCCUCUCCACCACCUCCUCGUCAUACAGUCAUCCGUCGCUCGUCCCCCGCUCCCUGGCAGAUGGCCCGCUCAGCCACACCAUUGUCGCCUCAUUCCAACCUAGGCACCAGUCCUGGAAGCACUUCCUGGCUUCAGAGCUCACGAGGGGGGUAUCCGCGACCCCCGCUUUCCUCAACAGUGUCACCCUUCACCUCUCCGCGCCCGUCACCUCGGCUCGCUUUGGCUCAACCUAUACCCCAUUCUCCGAACUUGAAUGCAUACGAGUUUUCCGACCAGAGUCAUGUGUCAGACUUCUACGGAGAUUUUGGCAGCGAUAGCAAUGUGGAUUGGUUGGUCGCAGAUGAUGCCAAUAGUGUCGCAUCAUCCUUAGGGACGCCGAGUCUCACAGCAGCAUUGAGUGCGACAGCUCCGGAAUUCGUUCCCGACAUGAGUCCGCAUGACAUUCUGCGCACUGUUCUCGGAGAUAAACGGACAAAUGAUGAGAUUGAAGCAGCACUGGAAGCGAAUAGUUACGAUCUUGGCGCCACAAUCGCAUCACUUUCACAAUUCACAGACGGAGAAGCUCUGUUGAAUCAUGCGGAUGAUAGCCAUGUUGUGGUGGGAAAAUCGAUGUCCAUGGAGCAGCCUAAAGCUACCAGUCCGUCGCUGCAGAGUCGCAGUCCGGUGGUCUGCAAAUACUGGCUGUCCACCGGACAAUGUCUUCGUGCGGACUGUCGAUUUAGCCACGACCUCACCAACCACCUUUGCAAGUACUGGGUGAUGGGCAAUUGCCUUGCCGGUGACGGUUGCCCGUUUUCUCAUGAUCCGUCAGCCCUGGUCUCAAACAUGAGCUUGGCAGACGGAAGUCAGACAAUCCCGACUGGCCCGCAGUUCUACAUAGAGAAUGUCUCGGACGCUUUCCCUCCUCUCCAGUCUGGGGGCGGAGACCAGUGGGGUGGUAAAUACGUUGGAAAGUAUCCCGGCCACCUAUCGGGCUUGUCUGGUGGGAAGCAUUCGCCGCAGGCUAUGCAGUAUGUCAUGGGGAAACGAAAUGGCAGCAUGACGAAUCUUUCUCGCCCCCACUCUCGACCAGGGAGCCGACAUCAGCAUAGGGAAUUGAAUCCGGCUGCUCUGUCGGUGGAUGAUCCGGAUGCGUUUCCUACCCUGGCUGCUAUGAGCGCGAGGAACAGUGGAAAGAAGCAUAAUGGGAAACGAGGCGCGCACAAUCGCGAGAACAAUCCAAGCAAGGAGAAUCUUCCCGCUUCCUUAGCAGAUGUUGUUCGCAUGUCCCCAUCCCCAGUCCCAGGAAAAGGGAAAUCCACGUCCAAGAAUGGCAAAGACGCAGCCAGAGGCCGAGAGUUCAGCGCUGCUGCCCAGUCUAUUCCAGCGCCACAGAAUAUCCCUUGGCUCGAGACAGGGGCACGUGCCAACGAACAGUAUAUCAAGUAUCGGACAAAGGCAAUAGGUCAUGGUACGGUGAGGAACAAGUUCCUUCAAGGUGCCGCCCAAGCCUGGAACCGGAAUGAUGCCAGGGCAGCCAAGGCACUGUCUCUGCGGGGCCAAGCCGAGAACGAAGCAAUGAGGAAGUGCCAUCGCGAAGCAGCCCGGGAAUUAUAUGAGGAACGGAACAAACAUCUAUCUCAUGCUGGCCUAGAGGAUUCAUCAGAGGAGUUAUAUGUCGAUCUGCAUGGGCUGCAUCCGGAGGAGGCUAUUGAAUACCUAGAGAAGAUUUUGCUGAAGCAUGCUCGUGAAGGUCGGAGAGUGGUCUAUGCCAUCACUGGCACCGGCCAUCAUUCCAAGAACGGCAAGGACAAGAUCGGCAAGGCCGUCAAGGCCUGGCUGAACGAAUGGAAGUAUCUCUUCCGCGAGUUCAGCGUCCCAGGCGAAAGAGGUGGGUAUGUUGGGGGAAUCUUGGGCAUUGACCCCACGAGUUAUGACAAGAGUCUGGCCAGGAGCCUUGAAGAGAGUGCCGAGGCAAAAUCUGACGGCGAUACUAGCCCGCCUGUGCUGACGAUGGGCAAGAUUCAGUUGUUGAAACGCGAAGACUUGGAAUCGAAGUCAUAAUCCAUGCAUCUUCUGCAAGUUCAAUGUCUCCUUUCUUGAGAUGGCACACGCAACCUUCUCAUCAUAUCCCACUCCUCUCUAUCGAUUCUUACUCUACUUUUCUUGCUCAUAGCUCAGAUAAUAUCUCGGGAGUUUGCUGUGCCACCACACGCUUCGACAGCCACUAUCAGCAAGCAGGAUCGAGUCCGAACGGUGCCCUGCCCGAGGACGGAUGUCGCAAGCAAGUUGCGCAAGUCACGGGCACGAGCUAAAU